AAUUUGUUGCAUGCGCGCAGACAGACGGGAGCGUAUAAAGAUGCCUUUGUGGGUGACCAGACGCGGCUGGCUGCUGCCUGCUGCCUGCCGACUCCUAUGCGUUUCAGCAGCUCUUCAGUUGUCUACGGUAAGCGGACGCGUUUAGAUGUGUCGCAAAAACAAGAAUUUCGAAAAAUUAAGAAAAUAUUUGAAAAAGUGUUAGUUCAGUGGAAGUUCGUGGAUUGCGGUGUAUUUUCACCGAUGACAAAAAUUCGAGGAGAAAAAUUUAAAAUUUUAUGAACAGAAAUUUUAAAUUAUUAAAACUUGAGGAAGACGAUUUAAGUGGUGAUAAAAAAUAGAAAAAAAAAAUUCAACCGGUUGAAGUGUUGUAAAAGACUAAAAGGAAGUGGGAAUUGGUGACAACCCCAUUAAGUUUAUUAGAAAAAGUAAGGUUGGUUGAGCCGGACUACUUUUAAAAAGAGUUCUUGUGAAAAAAUUUUAAAAUUGACAAAAACAAUCAAGAUUCUAUCCGAAGCCCGUAAAAGUGAUUGGGAAAAGCGAAAAUAUUCUAAAAUUGACAAUUAAUCCACAAAUGGUCCACAGGCGCAUAAUUAGCUAAGUUAAACACUUAAAGCAUUAACAGAUACCGCCUGGCAUUUCAGUGGAAUUUUCGACGUCAGAAGUGCGCUGCUUUUCCAACGCGAUUGCGUAAAUAAAAAAAUAUAACAAAUUUAAAUCAUCAAUAAUAUGCGCCACACAGCAACAGGUUGAACUGAAGGAAAAUUUUGUUUUGAACAACUCGAACCCAGAACUAAGCAAUGGUCUGCCAAAAAAUUCCUACCGGAAAUUACAUCCUUUUCUGCAUUCAUGUGGUACUAGCAAUUGUUUGUCUGCUACCCACACCCGCCACAACGUUCCUUCCGCUAACUUUGCCCACCACCGCAACGGCAAGUGCCACUUUAGCAGCCGUUAUAGCGCCACCUAAUGAAUUGGCGGAUACGAUUAUUGCACCCGAUGCGAUGGACAAUUGCCCAAUGGGUUAUUUCCACUGCAACACAUCGGCGCAGUGUGUGCCACAACGCUUGAAUUGUGAUGAGAAGGCAGAUUGUGAUGAUGCCUCGGAUGAGUGGAAUUGCGUCAACGAUGUGGAUGCGAAGUUUUGGGAUCACUUCUUCCGCAAGCAGCCGUAUGGGCGGCAUGACGAUGUGCCAGUGGAGACGUGCUAUAAUAGUUUGUAUGUUCUUUUUGUAAUUUCCCCCUCAUUUCCCGUUCUACACGUAGAUUGGCUGAACAACACCAAUUUCAACUGCCUUUGCCGUGGUGAGGAAAUUUUAUGCCGUUUCCAACAGCUAACGGCAAUGCCUGCCAAUUUGCCAGUCAUGGAACUGGCAAUGCUCGAUUUAACCGGAAAUAAUUUUCCCUACAUCGAUGAACAUUUUUUCGCACAGCUGCCAAUAGUCGAGAGUCUAGUCUUAAAAUUUUGCUCCAUCGAACGUCUCGCUUCAUUUGCCUUCAAAAGAUUUUCGGUGAUACCUUUGAAAACGCUUUAUCUGGAUGAAAAUAAAAUCUCGAGCUUGCCUGAAAAUUUAUUCCCCAGCGGAAAUUCGCUGAAAACAUUAAUUCUCUCGGGAAAUCACAUUGAAGAACUCCACAGCUAUGACUUUCAAUAUUUGGAUGGUUUGAUGGAAUUAGACCUUCGAAAUAAUCGAAUUAAAAUCUUUGACGCAGAAGUAUUUGAGACGCUGCAGAGCCUUGAAGUGCUCUACCUCAACGAAAAUCACAUUCAUCAUAUAAAUCCGGGUAUGUUUCCGUUGCUCACCAAGCUGCACACUUUAUCACUGGCGCACAAUCGUAUCGAGAACAUCGAACGGAAUUCGUUUACAUUCCCGCGGUUGUUGCAUUUAUUCUUAGCCGGUAAUCGCCUGUCUGUGCUGCGAGCGCAUACAUUUUGCCCUCUACGUCUGCUGCAGGGACUGCACCUGAACGACAACCACUUGGCGCACUGCGAGUUGCACGCCUUCGAUUGCUUGCAGAAUCUCACAUCGCUACUGCUGACGGGCAAUGAAUUCAAGACAUUGGAUCCGCGUGUCUUGCAGAAUCUAACAAAUUUGAAUUAUAUCUAUUUCUCGUGGUUUCACUUGUGUCGUGCCGCUCUGCAUGUGCGUGUCUGUGAGCCUCAUGGCGACGGCAUUAGUAGCACUUAUCAUUUGUUGGAUAAUCAAAUAUUGCGGGCAAGUGUUUGGGUAAUGGCCUUUGUCGCCACCGUUGGCAAUCUGCUCGUGCUGCUAGGCCGCUAUUUCUACAAAUCCCGCAGCAAUGUCGAACAUUCGUUGUAUUUACGGCACUUGGCCGCCAGUGACUUCCUUAUGGGCGUCUACUUAACGGUAAUUGCUUGUGCAGAUAUCAAGUUUCGUGGCAAAUACAUAAUCUACGAUGAGUUAUGGCGACAGAGCUUGUGGUGUGAUUUCUCGGGUUUCCUGAGCACAUUCAGCUGUCAAUCAUCGACUUUGCUGCUGACGCUAGUCACUUGGGACCGCCUGAUGUCGGUGACGCGUCCACUAAAGCCCCGCGACAGCGGCAAAACGCGAAUUGUUUUUCGUCUCGUUCUUCUUUGGGGCAUGUCCUUUGUGCUGGCCGCCUUACCAUUUCUACCCAUUCAAUAUUUCGGUGGACACUUCUAUGGCACUAACGGUGUUUGCCUUUCGCUGCAUAUACACGAUCCCUUUACCAAGGGCUGGGAGUAUUCAGCGCUACUUUUCAUACUCAUCAACACAAUCUCACUGAUUUUCAUAUCGAAUUCUUAUAUUCGCAUGCUGCAGGCGAUACGCGACUCAGGUGGCGGUAUGCGGAGCACGCUGAGUGGGCGCGAGAAUGUUGUCGCGACGCGUUUCGCCAUUAUUGUAACGACAGACUGCGCCUGUUGGCUACCUAUAAUUAUCGUCAAAGUGGCAGCGCUUUCAGGUUGUGCAAUUUCUCCCUCUCUCUACGCUUGGCUGGCUGUGCUCGUGCUGCCUGUGAAUUCCGCCUUGAAUCCGGUGCUGUACACACUCACCACAGCCGCCUUCAAGCAGCAGCUGCUGCGCUAUUGCCAAGCAGUGCCCACCACCUGCUCUCUAAUGACCGAUCCGCGCUCGCAGACGCAAAUUGCAUUCGAUUCGAAUCUGAGCAUGAGCUUGGGCCACUUCGGCAGCAUACGCACCCAAAGCCAUAGUCACAAUUCUAAUCGCUCGUCCGGCAGGAAGCGGUCGCAGAAUAGACGCUUGAGUUAUGUUUGAUGCGUGCGCGGCAGAGGGGGUGAGGGGGGAGUGGUUGGAGUCAAGGAAAGCGGAUGUUCGUCCACCGAGCAAACGGUGUGGAGUGGCAGAGAAACAGUAAUGUGAAAGAAGUAUAUGCCUAUGUAUGCGUGCAUGUAUGUGCGCUAGAGGAGUUGGAGGCUGAGACUUUUUUUUGAUUUUUUUUUAUGUAGUUUUAGUAGAAAACUUUAAAACGUAAGUGCGAAAUGUAUUUUGUACUGGCAUAAAGAUAUUAAAAAGAAUUAGUCUUGUGUAUAGUAUCAUAUUUAGGAAAUGUAGCUAUACAUUUUGUUGAAAGUUCCUAAAUUUUUAUAGAAAUAUAUUGAAAAAAUUUUGUUCCCAAAAAAAAAAAAACAUAAAAAUUAAAAAAAAUUAAAUUUCUGGGACUUUACGAAUUAAAGUUAUUUUAGAAAAUUGUUUAAAAAUGAUUGCAUUGCCUUUUUUCGGUAAUAUGUAUCAUAAAAAAUAUGUGUAGAAAUAAAUUAUAUGUUGUUAGAGGUAGCGCAAAAUUAAUCACCCUAUGGGAAAAUUUAUUAGUUUCUCUAAUGACAUCAAUCGCCAAUCAUAUUUGACACUUGUGAAUUAAACAGCUACAGUAUACAAACAGACAAACAAUCAAAACUGGAUGAUUAAUUUUGUAAGUAUGCAUAUUUUUUAAUUUUUUUAAGUACAAAUUGAGCUCAAAUAAGCUGUAAAAAUAGUUUAAGGGUGCUCGAAAUUGCUGGAAAUUUGUUGCCAUUAUAGAAAUAUCAACCAACUGUGUGCAUAUAUUUAUAUAUUGAAUUGAUCUGUUAAAUAUGACAGUCCUAAUCUUCAAAAUGGCGUAACAGACAAAAAGUAACAUUUUCAGUAGAUUCGUUUAUUUUAUUAAAAUUAGGUAGGUAGGUAGGUUAGCUGGCAAGAGUCCCCAGGUACGCUACAAGUCGCGCUUACGUGCCGUUUUGAUACCAUAAAGUGGUCACUACCUGGAAAGAAAUUAGAGAGAAAUGAGAACAUUUGCAUAUACCCCAACUUUGUUAGGGUUCUCUAUGAGCUUUGAAAUUUGGACAGCUCGUGCGUAUGCGGUGGCAAGUUAUCGAUUUCUCUCUAAUAUAGAAAAUUGAACAUUUUUUCGCUAACGCGUUUUCGGCAGUUAAGGCUUGGUAUUGUUUUAUAUGUUUUAAUAUUUUUUAACUGUUUUUUAUAUACUUUGGAAUUGAUUUUCUUGGCGUUUUUUAUACUUUUCUAUUAGGCAUAGACAUACAUAUGUUUAUUAUUUAUUUAUAAAGGGUUUUCCAAUAACAGAUGUUAUUUAAAUAUAUAAAGGGCUAAGGAGAGAUGAUUAACAAUUUUUUAUGGCCGGAAUUGGAUGGUAUUGAUCUGGACAACGUUUAUUUUCAACAAGAUGGCGCUAUGGUGCUAUCUCUCACAAUUGGCCACCGAGAUCUUGUAAUUUAACACUUUUUUCUUUGAAGCCACGUUAAAGAGAAGGUCUACGCCAAAAACCCAGGGUCGAUUCAAGACCUCAAGAUGGAAUUCGUGAAGCUAUUGAGGACAUAGGGCAGCCACUGUGCAAUUCGGUUAUGGAAAAUUUCAUGAAAAGGAUAUUGUCCUGUAAGCGUGGUCGUGGUGUUCAUUUGCUUGAUGUUAUUCCCCACUAUUAGCGGCAUAUCUUCCACCUUAUAGUAAAAUAAACAUCCCAUAGUUUAUAUUAAAGAAUAGCAUUUGAAUAUCAAAAUAACACCUCUGUUUGGAAAACCCUUUAUUUAUAAUAUAUUUUAUUAUUUCUUCAUUUUUCAUUCAUGCUUAAUUAUAAACAAAUUUUUUCAUGAUAAUUUUUUUUUAAUUUCGCAAAUUUUUCGUAUUCUUUUAAGGUAAUGUUUUUACUAUUUUUUCUAUUUUAAUACUUAUUUUUAUUUCAUCAUUUAUAUAUGUAUAUAGCAUUUUUCUAUUAUUAAUUUCCAAUUUUUGCAUAUUUUUCUUAGGUAUACCUUCUGCUCAAAUAUGAACGAGACUUUAUCAAUAAAACGGUCCGUGGAUGACAUAUGGCAAAAAUAAAUUUUUUGUUGGAUGGUAGGACUGUUAUAAGCUUACAUGGCAAAUUUCAGCGUGAUAUGUCACAUAGUUUGUUUUCUGUGCUACUGUAAAUAAGUCAAGCUCGAGUGUGUUUUUCGAAUUUAACGAUGGAAAUUCAAGUUGAACAAAGAAUUUGUUUGAAAUUUUGUUAUUCCAACAAAAUUUCGGCUCCAGACGCCUUAAAAAUGUUGCAGACAACCUAUGGGGACUCUGCUCUAUCGCGUGCACGUGUUUUCCAGUGGUACAAAUCGUUCAAAAAGGGCCGUACAUCAACCUAAAAAACCACGCCAAAGUCGCUCAAAAAUUAAGGUUAUGCUGACUUUUUUUUUAGGUUACGAAGGUGUGGUCGGAGUUCCUUCCGCACGGCCGAUCGGUUAACGCUGAAUAUUAUUUAGACGUUUUAAACCGUUUGCGCGAGAACAUUCGUUUUAAAAGGAAGGAAUUGUGGGACAACAAGCCAUGGUUCUUACAUCGCGAUAAUGCACCAGCUCACACAUCACGUCUUGUUCGCGAUUAUUUGAACAAAAAUAAUGUUAAUAUCAUUCCGCAAGCACCGUAUUCGCCUGAUAUGGCUCCAUGUGACUUUUUCCUGUUUCCCAAGCUCAAGUUGUCGCUCCGUGGAAAACAUUUUGAGACAAUUGAAGUCAUAAAAGAGAAUUCGAAGAAGGAACUGAAAUCCAUACCGAAAUCGGCCUUCCAGAAAUGCUAUGAUGAUUGGAAAAAACGUUGGCGUAUGUGUAUCGCCUCCAAUGGUGAUUACUUUGAAGGAGAUAAAAUAAAAAUUGAACAAUAAUUAACCGUUUGUGUCUUAUUAAAUCAGUAUCGUUCAUAUUUGAGCAGAAGGUACUUAGGUAUAUAUUUUUAUUUCACUGUUUAUAUAUACAUAUAUUGUAUAAUUUAAUAUUUUCUCAUUCAUUGCAUUUACUUUAACAAAUCAUGAUAUUGUUUAAUUUUCGCAUAUUUUAAAUAUUUUUGAGGUACUUUUCUUAAGGGGUCACAUGGGUUUCGUCGGGUAAAAAAAGGCCAAUUUUCAAUAUUUUUUUUUCUAUGUAAAAAAUUAUUUAUUUAAUUCAAACUUUUUUAAAGAGUAAUUUCCGAAAUUUUCAAAAAAAAAAAUGCGUUGUCAGCAUAACUCCUGACAGGCUCAUCAAAAAUGAAAAAAGAAAAAUAAGUGCUUUAGUUAAGACCAUAAACUCGUGCUUGAACGAAGGAAAGAAAAAAAGAGGUUGUCUGUAAAGUCGGUUUACUGACGAUAGUUUAACGUGACAACGUCAUAAGAAAAUACUGAUGUAAUGGUUGCAAUUUUCAAAACAAAAUUUUAAUUUUAUUUGUUUGAUAGAUAUUUUGCAUGGAUAUAGAGAUGGAGGUAAAUGGAAUCGCAAUGUAAUAGGCCAAGUUACACUUACACAAACGUGAAAAAUAACGAAACAUUUAUCAAAUUCAUGAAAGAUAUGUUCAAUUUCGAUUGUGCAUCAGACGUUAAUAAGUCAACAACACGAAGAGGCACCAUCAUCGAUUUGACUUUUUCAAGAAACAUUACAUUCGAAACACUCCCUUUCAUAUUUCCUACUUUUCCUCUCAUCGUCCUAUUCUCAACAGAGAAAUGGUUCGUUACCAUGCACACAGGAAGAAGGCAUAUGCAAAUACAAAUAUGUGAAUCUAUAUAUAUACAUAUGCGCAUAUACAUACAUAUAUAUGCUCACUCAAGUAGGACAGAGCCAGAUGUCGAACGUUGCCGACCGCGGGGGCCGAUUGUGCUCUUUGUCGUUCGUUCCACGCUCUCGCUUGCAGUUCAAGCACUUAGCUUACAUUUGCUUGCGUACAGAAUAGAUUUGAUUCGUCCAUUUGUUUUUUGUAUGCAUCUUUACAUAUAGAUUUAUUCUUUUUGUUUGAAAAUUGCGCGAAAUUGUAUAUGUAUAUGCAUGUUUAUAUACAUAUAUUAGUUUACAACAUAUCUUAAAAGGUAUGUGGUAAAUAUUGCCAUACAUUUUUUCCUUCAUAUAUAAUAAAAAAAAUAAUAAUAAUAACAUUAAAACAACAGGUAUUAUUAACAAACUUGGUUUUAUUUUAAAUUCUUAAAGUAAAUCAAAUUAAUAAUAAUCAAUAAGAAGGCAUAUGCAAAUACAAAUAUGUGAAUUGAUAUAUGUACAUAUGCGCAUAUACAUACAUACAUAUAUAGGUACGCUCACUUAAGUAGGUGUGCAGAUGUCGAAAGUUGCCGAAUGCGGGGGCCGAUUGUGCUCUUUGUCGUUCGUUCCGCGCUUUCGCUUGCAGUUCAAGCAAGGUAACGACCAAGAGCAAGAUAACGAAGAAUGAGCAAGAUAACGACGAUUGAGCAAGAUAACGACAAUGGAGCAAGAUAACGAGGAAUGAGCAAGAUAACGACGAUUGAGCAAGAUAACGACGAUUGAGCAAGAUAACGAGGAAUGGGCAAGAUAACUACGAUUGAGCAAUAUAAAGACACAUUUUUUCGUGCGUGCAGCCGGCUAAAUCGAAUUAUAAGACGUUAUCACGUCAAAAAAAGUAAAAAUUGUAAUUUUGGCAGACGUUUUUGCAAAAAAAUGAAAAUUUCGGUCAAAAUUGCUUGACAUUUUAUUAAGUUAAAUAGUUGUAAUUGAAAAAAAAACAAAAUCCUUCGUUCACGCACGAGUAAAUUGUAUUUCGAACACCUGUGUAAAAUUUCAUCAAGAUCGGUUGAGUAGUUUUCGAGAACAUUUGACAACCGACUUUGAAAACACAGUUCCGAGAAAAACGCGUUUAAAGUUUGAAUAACAAUAAAAGUGGCUUGGAGCGCACACAUUCCAAAGUCUGUAUCUCCGAAUUUAUUAUUUGGAUCGACUUGAAAAUUUAAGAUAAUAUUCCUUAGAUGUUGUAGAAAUUAAUAAGCAAAACAAAAAUAAAUCGAUUUUUUGAACCAACGAAACCCAUGUAAUCCCUUAAGUUUUUUUAACUAAAAAAAGUUUAUUUUUCAUUUUAUUUUUUAUUUGAGUAUUUAUAUUUCUGUUAAUAUUUUUUAAUUUGUUUUAAUAAAAAAAAAAUUUUUUUUUUCUUAAUUUUUUAAUAUUUUGUUUUAGGUAAUGAAUUUCAUGGGUAUUUGUUUCGCAUAUUUUUUCGCACAUUUUUCCUAAUUUCUUAGAAAAUGUUUAAGGAAUAUUUUUUUAGAUAGUUUAAUUUUGAUUUAAUGUUUUUCUUUACUGUAUGCCGUCAUUUGUUUCGGGCUUUAGCACUUGAAAAAACACUCAACAAUUUAAAGAACCCAAUAAACCUUUAAAAAAUUUGAUAGCGGCUAAACAACAGACUUUCCCAAAGGUUUUGCUUAGUUUGCUUUACUUAAAUUUUUUGGAUACAAAAAGAUUAGAAGGGUGACGAGUGCACAUUAAAGAAUCUUUAGAGUUUAUUGCAUAAACUAGAAAAACUAAAUUUUAAAAUUUUCCAAAUUUUUUCGCUACCAAGAAAUUAGUCAUUUAAGACAAACACUAUUUUUUUAAUAAACAAAGUAAGAAAGUUAAUUUUUCAUUAAGAAUGAAGAAAAUCAAAAAACUCAUUCAAAUUAUGUAAA